AUGCCUCCGAAACGAAAACACAGUGAGGAUGAAGAUCGUGAUUCCAAGCGCUAUGCUUACCUUAAACCGCACAUCCGCCGUGUCCCCGAGAAGACCAUCAAGUCGAAAUGGGCCACUCUACCGGAACCCGUUCAAGAAAGAGUCCGCGAUAUGUUUCAUUCCCUAGAACGACCGGUCAUCAUGCGAGGCCAGAAUGAGCGAAAGCGCAUCGAAGCGCAGGGUACUGUGCAAGCGGUGGUACGAAAUCUAGGGAAACGACUUCCACGAAUGCCUUUUCCACCUGUGACGAAGGAAUCGAAUUUCGACUACGAGUCUGCGCUGAAUGAGCAUCGUGCACUCGAAUCCAGCUUGACUACUAUGACCGACAGUGUCGACCUAUUGAAAGCCGAAAUCGCAAACGAAGAAGCAGCCCUCGUGCGUGACAAAAAGGCCCUGCAGGACAUGGAAAAGAACGCCAAAAGGGCCGAGGCUGAACGAAAACGACAGACGAAGAAUGAACACCCCGUUCUGAGAAAGCUGGAUGCACUUCCUCAAACCGAGGGCUCCAUGUCCUCCGAGUUCACUCUUCUCGGCGCAAAGGAUAGCCAAGCGACUCUGGAUGAGUUGGAUACCGACCCUGAAAUCCAGGGACUCAUGAAGCAACUUAAUGGCCAUCUUCAAUCCAUGCAAAGCAACACUGCACCAUUCGCUGGGCUAAGUGACGCCAUCACUCGUUCGCAAGCUGCCUUGGAUUUAUACUCACUAUCCAAUGACUGA